UUCGAUAGGUGUGAGCAUAUCUUGCAUCGCUAGUUAGCGUGCUGCCGUUGUCGUGUUGUGCGAAAGUUUGCUCGUUUUAAUAAAUUAUUAAGCUCUUGUAGCUCUUUUAAUCACGUGCAUUUUUAGAACUAUUUAGCGCUUAACAACAUGAGCAAAUCUACGGGCAAUGCGCCACCAUUCACAUACGUUCCGCCGCCAUCGGCACCGCCGUCAUAUCUGGAGGCGGUUGGCGGGGUGAAGCCAGUUGGUCCAUAUACGCCAGUUGCAGCGCCUGCAACCGUUGGGACAAACAUAUUGACCACUGUGGUACCCAUUGGUCGCACCUCGACGCACAUGAUAUGCCCCUCGUGUCAUGCAGAGAUUGAGUCGACGACACGCACAGAGCCGGGCAUGAUUGCCUAUUUGUCCGGUUUUGUAAUUGCAUUGCUUGGUUGCUGGCUGGGCUGCUGCUUGAUACCUUGUUGCAUUGACGACUGCAUGGAUGUGCAUCACACGUGCCCCAAUUGCAAGGCGUAUUUGGGCCGUUAUCGGCGAUAAGUUAUUGCAACUGCAACUGCUGCCAUGCACACAGUGACACAGAUAUACAUACGGAGGGAGAAGAAGUGUUUAAUUUAAGCGAGUGUUUUGCCUUUUUAUUUAAUUGUAAUAAUAACACUUGUAUUUCACGGUCGUGGGGAAUGCAAGGGCUUAUCUCUAAUCUUAUGCUAAUCCUUGCUAAACUGCUCAAGCUCCAUGCACUUUAUUGGUAACUUGAUUAUGUUUUAAAGUUUACCAUUAAUUUUCUCAAAAUUGUAAGCCAGCAUACAUGAUUUGCUGAUUUAAAUCCGAAUAAUGUUGUGAAUAUUUUAGUUAUGUAAAUUCACAAUCGGAACACAUAUGUUGGACAGUCUCUAACCGAAUAUCGAAUCUUAAUAUUUAUGUAAAUAUUUGUCCGGAAAAUUGUUGUGCUUCGAAGAUAAAUGAAAGAAAUCCUGCAAUGUCAUCCCAAAUUCAA